AUGGCUGUGCAAAGAGCAGCUGUCAUAGCGUUGUUACUUGACGAGGAAGAUGAGGAAGAAAGAAGAAGAAAUAGAAUAUGGACACGACCAUGGAUCAAGGUCUACAAACAUAUCAUUGAACAGGAUACGAAUAUGCGUGAAUGCAUAAAACCGGAAGAAAUGUGCUGUCUUACAUUGCGUUAUCUUGCUAGUGGAGAAUCGUUUCGUUCAUUGGAAUUUCAAUUCCGAAUAGGCAAAAGAACCAUAUCAAGUAUUAUUCUUGAGGUAUAUAUGACAAUAAUUGAAGAACUGAGAAUUGAAUAUUUGACAACACCAAACACUGAAGAUGCCUGGUUGGAUAUUUCGAAAAAAUUCUUAUUACGUUGGAAUUUUUCGAACGGAAUUGGUGCUAUAGAUGGGAAGCAUAUUGUCAUCGAGCAACCGUCACACUCUGACUCUCACUAUCGGAACCACAAAGGUACUGACAGCAUCGUUUAA